AGAGUUUGGAUAGGAAUAGGAUUACUUGCGUUACUUCCCAUUAAAAAUGAAAUCCCAAUGGAAUUAAGCAACCUGCUACCAAACAGAGCCUUUGUAAAUUCUCUCCGAAAUCGCCUAUACAACCCAACACCGACGCAGAAUCCCAGAUUCGUAGUAGCUCUCCUCCAUGAAUGAGAAAGCAGCAGAGGUGUAGUGGAUGUAAGAAUUGGAGUAGCAUUAUGGAUUCUGUGUGUAGUUGCUUUCAUGUUCCGGAAGUUGACGAGAAUGUUGAAUCCAAUAGCUCCAACCACAGUGGCGGAGCUAGGAUUAAGAAACCCGAGGGGCCGAGUUAUAACUUAAAAACUAAGUAUGGACGAUUACCAAAUAAUCAGAAUAUAACCCCAAAGAUUAGCAGUGGAAUGAUCAUGCAGCUCAGUUCUAAUAGUGGAGCGACAUCAAAAGCAAGCUAUUUGGAGUCCUCUAAGAAAUUGCCGGGUAAAGUUCUAAUGACAAGUAAAGUUGGACAUCUCAAUUCUAUCUCUGAAGAGGAAGAUGAUGUCUGCCGACCUGCCGAUCAAAAAAAAGACGUCUGCCGACCUGCCAAUCAAAAAAAAGAUGUCGGCCGACUCUGCGGUACUUGUCUCAAAGAGUUUGCACCGAUAGAUCCUGAGAUAACUGCACAGUGUGGUCAUAUGUAUCACCUCAAAUGCAUGUAUGAGUGGCUGGAGAGAAGUGGAAAAUGCCCAGUUUGUGCGAAGGCGGUUGAUGGUGUUUGAUGAAACAACGUGAUCUCAACUGCAAAGACCGGAAAAGAUAGAAAGGGUGCAAGGAAAAGAAAACGAAAAUCCAGCAAACUUUUGAGUUGCCAGCCGGUAGCGCAAAAGUGCAUUAUGUGAAGCUUCUAAUCUACUGUAGGUACCCUUUUUUUUUUUUUUUUUUUACAGGUUUGAGGAUAACUUUUCAUCAUUUGUUAAUUAAAUUUGCUAUAGCAGAGGGUAUAUGGAUGAGCUGAGAAAAACUCGUUACUGGGAAUUUAGGCGUGCUUGUGAGCUUGGUCAAUAAAUUUCAGCAAUACUCUUCUCUUAUGUUGGUUGUGCGUUUAGUUUUUUUGGCUUGGUUUGCUUUAAUGGCAAUGUUACAGAUGAACUCAUUGACUUGUUACUGUUCUUAACUUUCUUUCC